CAAAGUGAUAGUGGAGUAUGACGUGCCCGUCCUCCAUAUGUACAACUUGACAUGCAAAUAAGGUGAUAAAAUACUUUGUCUGAUUGGUGGCUAAUCUGAACGUAAAAAUUUCCUUUAGUCCAAUCAGAACGCAAGAAUCCCAAGUGUAUGUUUUCACUGGUCAAGAUGAAGUUGAAAACUUGACCAAUAACACAGCUGCAUUUUCGCUCCCAAGUUCCUUUAUAAAAUAUGCGGUCCCUGUAGGUUUACUUUUAUACUGAUAGUGAAGAGAGUUUCCAGUUGAGAAUGUCUGGACGCGGGAAGCAGGGCGGCAAGGCGCGCGCCAAGGCGAAGUCUCGUUCCUCGCGGGCCGGGCUGCAGUUCCCCGUGGGCCGCGUGCACCGCCUGCUGCGCAAGGGCAACUACGCCGAGCGGGUCGGCGCCGGCGCGCCCGUGUACCUGGCGGCCGUGCUGGAGUACCUGACGGCCGAGAUCCUGGAGCUGGCGGGCAACGCGGCGCGCGACAACAAGAAGACGCGCAUCAUCCCGCGCCACCUGCAGCUGGCCAUCCGCAACGACGAGGAGCUCAACAAGCUGCUGGGCAAGGUGACCAUCGCGCAGGGCGGCGUGCUGCCCAACAUCCAGGCCGUGCUGCUGCCCAAGAAGACCGAGAGCCACCACAAGACCAAGUAAGGAGGAACCAGGUUAAGAACUCUGGGAAACAAAGGCUCUUUUCAGAGCCACUCACACUGUCACAGGGAGCUGGUACACACAACUUGCCAUAUUCUCUUAGCAGUCACUUCCACUUUACUUAGGAUUUAAUUCCAAGGAGAAUUAGGUUUUGGUUUAUUGAUUUAGCACAUCAGAAGUUACACACUUGUGUUGGUAAAUUCG